UACUAAAUGGAAAGCACCCAUUUUCUACGACUACUGCUACGGCCUACGACUCUCCAUUGUAGAUGGCCCUUUAUGACUACGACUACGACACCUACGUGUCGUUCUCUGCUUUCGGCCUAACUGAUCCUUAUGCAUUUAAAUCUAACCUAUCUUCAAGUGUCGAAGACCACGUGUGACUGAGCGCAAUUUUCCUGUAUACAAAACGUUUCUGUGUACAUAAAAUUUUAGAAAUUAAAUUAUUGCGUUUAUAGUUUAAUAGAGUAAUCAACAAUAUCAGCAAUAAUGGAUGAAAUGCUGAAAGAUGCGCGUUUUGCGCAUAUUGCGAGAGAUCCGAAGUUUCGUCGCAUUCCCAAAACCGAGAGGAAGGUGAAAAUCGAUCAUCGGUUUAAGGACAUGUUUAAGGACAAAAAGUUCACGGUCAAGUAUACCAUUGAUAAGCGCGGUAGACCUGUUAGUCAAACCACCACCGAAGAUCUCCGAAAAUAUUACGAGCUGUCGAGCAGCGAGGAUGAAGAUGAGGAUGAGUCUACAUCAUCUGUAAACAAGAAAGACUGCGAGAAAAAAGUAAAAGACACUAAGGAAAAGAAAGAAAAGGACAAGAAGAAAACGGCGAAGGAAAUCGAAUCAAAAGCUGAUUCCACGAAUAACUCCAAGAAUGAAAAUAAGAACAAAAAUGAUGCGUUGAAUAAGAAAAAUUUGUCUGGAAUAAAAACGAAAGAGGAAUGUGCCAAUAACGACGAAUCUGAUAGCGAUUUCUCAGACGAUUCUAUCGAAAAAUCAGACGAACGUGAAGACAAAGAAUUUUCUCAAGUAGAGUUGGAUGAAAAUGAUAAGCAGCUGCAUAAAAGACGAAAAGGUGAAAAGAGCAGACUUACAGAUGAAAUUAAAACGAAACUAAGAGAUCUUACUGUGAAUUAUGCCAGAGGAGAAGGUGUCCUGAUGACCGACAGUAGUUCUUCUGAAGAAGAAUCGUCAGAAGCUAGUGAUGCAGAAGAAGAGAUUGAACACAACUGGGGUGAACUUGAUAAAGAAGCUGAAACUACAGAUGACAUUACUCGUCGAUUAGCUAUUUGUAAUAUGGAUUGGGAUAGAAUACGUGCUGUGGACUUGAUGAUUUUAUUAAAUUCAUUCUUGCCUAGCGGUGGAAUCAUUCAUUCAGUUACAAUUUAUCCAUCAGAAUUUGGUCUGCAGCGCAUGAAGGAAGAAGAGAUUAAUGGACCAAUAGAGUUAAGAAACGAGACUAUUGGAAGUGAAGAUGAAAAUGAAGAUAAUAAUGAAGAAGGUGCGAAAUAUCACAUGGAAAAAUUGAGGCAAUAUCAAUUGAAUCGAUUGAAAUAUUAUUAUGCUGUUGCUGAAUUUGAUUCUGCGGAAACGGCAAACAAAGUAUAUACCGAAUGCGAUGGUAUCGAAUAUGAAUCUACUGCAACUAGAUUGGAUCUCAGGUUCAUAUCAGAUGAUAUGACAUUUGAUCAGGAAGCUAAAGAGAUAUGUACUGAAAUACCCGAACCUGUUAAAUAUGAACCAAGACAAUUUACAACAACGGCUUUGCAACAAGUUAAAGUCCAAUUAACGUGGGAUGAAACAGAUCCAAAUAGACAAGAGUUUACACAAAAAUUAAAUUCGGGAAAAUUACAAAAUAUUGAUGAAAAUGAUCUACAGACGUAUCUGGCAAGCGGUAGUGAAGAUGACUCGGAUGUAGAAAAAAAGAAAGACAUAAUUGAAAAAAUCAACGAUAAUUCAGAAUCAGAUCUGGUAAAUAAUGAUCCAAUUGGAAAGUACAAAUCUAUAUUAAAAGCUAUCGAAGAAGAAGAAGAAGCAAAGAAGAGCAAAGAUGUUGAAUUGGAAUUCUCAUGGGGUUUAGGUACUAAAGAAAAGGCUGAAAGGUUAGUCAAAGAGAGAACGAAAAAUAAGGAAGAGCUCACACCUUUUGAACAAUAUCUAGAGAAACGCAAAGCGAAAAAGAAAGCUAAAAGAGAAGAAAGGAAAAAACUUAAAGAAGAAAGUCAGAAAAGCGAAGAUUCGGAAGAUUCUUUGCCAUCUGAUGUAGAUAUGAAUGAUAAAUAUUUUGCAGACGAAUUCAAAAACAGUAAAUCGUUAUCUCAUAGAAAAGGAAAGAAAGAUAACGAACCUACUGUUGACAAUUCAAACGAACAGGAAGAGAAACGACGUAAAGCUGAAUUGGAAUUGCUUCUGAUGGAUCAAGAUGAAGACGACAAAAAGCAUUUCAAUAUGAAGCAGAUCGAAGAAAACGCGACUAUGUCAAAAUCUAAACGAAAACGUCUCAACAAAAAAAAGAAUGUGCAAGAAGAAGCAAAAGAGGACAAUUUCGAAGUUAAUGUUAAGGAUCCAAGAUUUGCCGCUUUGUUCACGUCGCAUCAUUUCAAUAUCGAUCCUGCAGACUCACGUUAUAGGAAGACAAAGGGUACGGAAGCCUUAGUUAAUGAAAAAUUGAAGAGAAGAGCUGAUACCGAAACACACACAGAAGAUGAUAAGCAAUUUAAAAAGCCAAAAACGAACGAAAAAUUGUCGACGGAAUUAAAAGCCCUAGUUAAAUCUGUUAAGAAGAAAACACAAAAUAUCACACAGCCAAUAAAAGGAUAGAAUCAUAUUUGUAUUAAUUUUAAAUAAUAAUAGAGAUAUAUAUUUUAUAGAUUAAGAAACUAUUUUAUACUUCAA